AUGUCAGAAUCUUCAUCAGUCAUCCAAUUGGAGUGCCAAUGCAACAACUAUCCAUGGGGUCGUCAAGGUAAAGAGUCUUUAGCAGCAAAGUAUGCAGCUUCUACUCCAGGAGGCAAAUUCAAGCUUGAUGAGAGUAAAGAAUACGCAGAGAUGUGGAUGGGAACUUAUCCGACUACACCAUCUCUCAUCUUGUCAAACGGCAAAGACUUACAAGAGCAUCUCAAUGCCAACAAGGAGAAGCUGAUUGGGAAACCAAUACUCGAUAAAUUUGGAGCAGAUCUACCAUAUUUACCAAAGAUCCUCUCAAUAGCUAAAGCCUUACCUCUUCAAAUCCAUCCGGACAAGAAGCUUGCGGCUAAGCUUCAUGAACAAGACCCCGAGAAGUUCGGCGACACGAACCACAAACCCGAAAUUGCGGUUGCCCUUGGCAAAUUCGAGGUUUUCGUCGGAUGGAAACCUCUUUCUGAUAUCCAAUCGCUCUUCACCAGCAUCCCAGUUCUCACCUCCAAAUUCCUCUCUUCCUCAUCCGACACCAUCGACAAAGACAAAUUGAAAUCCAUCGUCCACAAAAUCCUCUCUCUCUCCGAUGAGGAAAUUCAAUCCAUCUACAACACCCUCAAAGACACCCCAUCCUCAAAAUUCCCCACUUCACCAUACAUUCCCUCUCUGUUACCUCGCCUCGCCGAUCAAUACUCUACCUCGGACCCCGGCAACCUCGUCGCCCUCCUCACAAUGAACUAUCUCGUCCUCCAAAAAGGCGACGCCAUCUACGUCCCCGCAGACGGUAUCCACGCCUACCUCUCCGGUGACAUCGUAGAAUGCAUGGCACGCUCCGAUAACGUUUUAAACACCGGGUUCUGUCCCCGCGCUGACCGCGACUCUGUCGAUUUAUUCAGCGCCGCGCUGACAUUUUCUCCCGUCGGAAAGGAUGAAUGUAUACUCAAGCCUACAUCAAGCUCUAAGGGUAAGAACGGCAAGACCAAGGUCCUAGCACCACCAAUGAGCGAAUUCGACAUGUUAGUCUUAGAGCUCCAGAAGGGAGAUAAGGAAACGAUUGAGAAGCUGGGAGGGCCCAGUAUCAUGGUUGUUACUGGUGGCGAAGGAACUAUGAAAGCGGGAGGUGAGAAGUUCGAGGUGAAGGAAGGAUAUGUAUUCUUUGUGGGAGUAGGCACCGAGUUGGAGUUUGAAGCUGAGGAGGGAUUGGAGGCACAUAUUGCCUUUUGUGAAGCGUAG